UUAAUGUUUUAGGAAUGUUACCGAAAGUCAUAAGAGCUCUUGGUCCUCUUGUAUUGGGUAGUGUUCUGAGUGUCUCUUGUUCAACAAUGGAGAUCCACAAAACAAACAAGGAAAUGACGCUCUUUGACUUCACUACUGACAAACAACAAAACCACUUGUGGAGGGAGAUCAGUGAUACGGUGCGGGAACCAGGCAUGUCCAAAGCAGUGUUCUCGAUACAGAAAACUCGGCUAUUUCAAAGGGCGGUCAUGUUUGCCAUGAUAAACCCGCAGCCGAAUGGAGCUGGUUUUGCAGGAGUACAGACCGAGAUGCCUGAUACCGCUGCUAGUCACGCUCAGGAUACUGGACUCAAACUGCUGGUAAGAGGUCAGGGUCAGUUGAAGUACUGGAAGGUAGUACUGACAGAUACAGACCAGAUAGGAGCCAUGAAACAGUAUAGCUACGAACAAAAGUUUACUGUUGAACUGGACCCGAAGGAGACAGGGGGCGACAUGGAUAUUGUGGAGCUGCCAUUUUCUGAGUUCAAAGCUUUUUUCAGAGGUAGGGAAGUUGAGGAUGCUCCUCCGUUGGAUCUGGCGAAAACUGGAGCUUUUGGACUCCAAACAUUUGGUGGUGUUUAUGACAAUUUUAAGCAGAAAGGCACAGGAUCUUUAGAGAUCGAUUCCAUUUCUUUUUAUUGAAUUUCAAAUAUGAGAGGUAUCGACCUCUCUCUUCGAAAUCUAUGAUUUGUGCAAUGCAUGACAUUUUUCGAAGUUUUGGGGCACUUUUGACAACUUUAUUUUUAUAUUAAACGAUUUGGAAAACUGAGUUAAGGUACGACUUGGUAGAUGACCCUCGUUUAUUUUAUGUGAUGUAUCGACCUUUCUCAUCAACAAUUAUUUUGAUAUUUGCAUGGUAUUUGUAUAUUUUUUGUUUCAUUUUUCAUCUUUUUAAAAGAUCUGGAAAACUGAGCCAAAGAGCGACUUGACAGCGGACGUGACUCUUCGCUAUAUUUUUAAUGUUCUUGAAAAUUGUAUCCUCCUCGGGGUUUUAUGUAUAUUUAAACUGAUCACAUUAACCUGGUUUGUGGCUAACAACCGCUCAAUUCACAUUGUUGCUACAGAAACGUCCUCCUCGCUUCACCACAAGCUCAAAUAUAACUUUUACCAAUUCUCCCAUACCAGUAUCAUUUUACACGCCAAGCAGCCUUUACAUUCGGUCCUUGAUUAUAUUGGUAAGCAGUGAAAUAGGAAGUAACACUGAUUUGAUUGGUUUAACACUGCUCUUAGAUUUGUAUUCCUCCACCUUGUUCGUUAAUUACCACGUUUUCCUGAUCUGUUAGGCUGUUAGUAUUACGGUAAUGUUUUCUCGCCAAUGUAAUGGUCCGGCAAAACAAACAGACGAUUACAAUUUAGCGUUUUUAAACAAAUUUAUUUCUGUUGUUGUUUAUACGUGUUAACGUUAAAUUUCUGACUGACUAACGUAACAACAAAAUCUUUUUCGAUAUUCAAUUCGUUUUAAACCAGGCAGGGACCGAGAGUACCCAUUGUCAUGAUAAUAUACGACUAAAUAUGACAAACGAUGACAAUAUACAACUAAAUAUGACAAACGAUGACAAUAUACGACAAGAUUUUACAAUAUAUGACAAUAUACGACAAUACAUGACAAUACAUAACAAUAUGUGACAAGAUUGGACAAUAAACGACAAGAUUUGACAAUAUACGACAAUAUAAUAUGGCAAUAUAUGACAUGAUUUGACAAAAUAUGACAGUACACGACAAGAUUGACAAUUUGUGAGAAACUGUGGGAAAAUGGGCACUCUCGGUUUCUGCCCUAAACCGAUUGAACUGUUUGUUUUGAUUGUUUAUUACAUUGUUGUAACAUUCGCUUUUUAACAUUUUUAUGUUUAACUUACAUUAUUUCAUAUUAUACAAUAUACGUUUUAUUGGCUGUGGCUAAUUUUGAUACGACACAGUCUGAUUCCUUGAGAUCCCCAAAACAUAUUAUGUCCUCAACAUCCAUAGGAACUCAAAUAAAAUAUGCUUCUGUUACAUAUUUUGUUAAAAGAAAUAAAAGAAAUAGCUUAAAAAGUUACUAAUCCGUCAAUACCCUCAGAAGAAUAAUGUCAAACUAUUGUUUCCAGAUGUUAAAUUACCGUGGGAAUUAUUGGGAUGACGACUUUAUAGAUCGCCGGAAUUGGGCGGACAAAUCUGCUGCCGCCAUUGAAAGGGAGGAAAACGCGAAGGAAGAAUUCCAACUUAUCAGGGUUCAGAUGGAGGAGCAGAAAGAUCUUUCCCCGGGAUUUUCUGAGACUAUAGAACUUCUUAAGCCAUCCUGUCAUCUCAUUGAUGCUUGUUGGAAAUCCUUCCGUAAGCAUGUGUGUAGUUUCGACGGAUGGCGCACAAAACGGCGACUUGCAACUGCUGAAGAGAAGAAGAAACAUGGGGAGAAAAGGAAGGCAAAAGUUUAUUUUACUGACGUGACUUAUUCUGUGCCUCGCAGGAGUAAAGGAAAGGAAAGUAAGGAAAAAAGAAAGGAGAGUACUACUAACAAAGAAAAUGACAAGGAGAAUAACAAAAGGUUGUUUGAAGAUGAACAAUGUCCUUCUACAGCUUCUACUUACAAGAAAUCGAAGAACUGUUAGUCUUGAUAACAGCUUCAUAUAACAGCUGUUUUAUUGUUUUGCAAUGUUUUAUCGUUAAGACUUUAAGAGGGCAAUGUUAUCUGUCCUAAAGCUGGUUGGGCACUUUCUUUGGAACUUGUUUCGAGGCAGUUUGUAUUUCUAGCAAUCGAAUAUUUGUAUUUAUUUCAUAAUUAUCUAUUUGAGCUUCGGCGUUUUUUAACUUUUAAAUUGUUUGUAGCAACCAAUUUUGUGCCACAGCCGAUCAGUUUCGAAGAAAGUUUCAAAUUCAUUUGUUAGGCUUUAACUUUAAGAUUUUAUUCGAAGAAUUUUAUAGGUUUCAUCGAAGAUAUAUCUGACUGGCUAAAGUAACUAAAACAACAAAACAUUUCUAAUAUUCAAUUCGUUUUUAGCCAAUUAAACUAAUUGUCAUUGUUUUAGUGUAAUGUUUUAAUCUUCACCAGCUAUGAUUUACAUAUUACUUUUAAUUGUUUAUAAAAUACGUUUUUAACCUUUUUACAUUAUCACAAUUAUAUUAUUUUGAAAUUGUUUAUAUAACUUCACGUACACUAUAACAUCAAGAUCGGUGUAAUAUUGGGUUAGGCGAUAAUUUACGUUUUUCCUAUUUUACCAUUUAUACAUUUUUAAUUAACAUUACUUGUUGUUAAUUUAAGUGGCAGUGGCUACUUUUCAUAAUUUUACCUAAUUAUAUACAUUCGAGUAAUACGUUACAGUUUAAUAAUUCAUUUCAAUAUUAUUAUUGUAUAUUUAUUACUACAACACAAUUAUCAUGAAAACUUACAUUUUUAUAAACGUGUUUAAUUGUUCAUCAAUUCGUGUUCGAUUUAUUUGUAUUGCAGUGUAGAAUGAAGUAUUAACUUUAAUCGUUAUUUCGAAUAUCUGACUUGAUUGCAUGCAAGAAGUAUCUCACCUUGACAAAUAAAAGCUUAAAAUACUUUUCCAAAUACUAUCAAAAGAAAGUAAAAACAAUCUUUUGUUAUGUUUUUUUGAAUUAUGCGGUUUGUUCGAUUUGUUCGACAAUAUUCAUGAAUGAUUUUCCAUCAUUUCCAGGUGAUGUUUGGCUUUAGUUAUGACUUUGAUUCCUAAAGACUGUAGUAUAAAGACGAAGUCACGCCGGAUCUCUCGCCGAGGAUGGGCUGAAAAAUCUGCUGCUGCCAUGCGACGUGAGGAAACUGCGGUGAAGAUGUUUGAAACUGCUCGGCUGAAGAUGGAAGCACGUGACGACCUUUCUGUUGGAUCACGUGAGACAGUCCAGCUUCUGAAACCAUCCUGUCAUCUGACUGAAGCGUGUUGGAAAUCAUUUCGUGGACAUGUAUGUAGUGUCGAGGGAUGGAGCACCAAGCGAAGAGUUGCCACCGAAGCAGAAAAGAAGAAACACGGAGAAACUAGGAAGGGAAGAGUUUAUUUUGUUGAUGUGAUUUACUCUGUGCCUCACCAUAGUAAAGAAAGAGAAAGCAGCUAUAAAGAGCGUAACAAAGAGAAUAUAAAUCCUGACAACCAGAAACAGUUCCAAGAUAAGAACAAAGCAGGUCCUUCUCUGUCUCCCCCUCCAGUGUCUCCAUCUGUACAGAGUUCUAAAUUUUUCAAAAGAUUGUCUUCUACUCUGCCAUCUGCGUCUUCUAUUCUGUCUCCUGCGUCUUCUUUUCUGUCUCCUGCGUCUUCUAUCCUGUCUCCUGCGUCUUCUUCUCUGCCAUCUGUCUCUUCUACUCUGUCAUCUGCGUCUUCUAUUCUGUCUCCUGCGUCUUCUAUUCUGUCUCCUGCGUCUUCUUCUCUGCCAUCUGUCUCUUCUACUCUGUCAUCUGCGUCUUCUAUUCUGUCUCCGGUGUCUUCUAUUCUGUCUCCUGUGUCAUCCGAUCAGUCUCCUCCUUCUGUGUCUCCCUCUGUAAAGAGUUCUAAAUUUUUCAAGAGAUUAUCUUGCACACUGUCUCCUGAUUCUCCUGUGUCUUCUACUGUAUCCAUUUCUCCAGCUCCUUUGUUUCCUCAGUCUAGUCGGUUUCCUUUUCUAGUUCCUCUUUGUAGUUCCUCCCCGAUAUAUCAGGAGAUUGAAGGGAUGUGAGCUGUCAAUUAUUAGAGCUAACAAUCUUAUCACGAUGGCUUGGUGUUUACCUGGUUAUUUAUGAUCAGGCGAUGUGAUUUGUGAUUUCAUGUUUAAAAUAUUAAGUUUCCUGCGAAUGUUAUUUUCCUGUAUUUAACCACAUAUUCAACUGAUAUCACAAUAAGUUGGUAUUGUUUAACUUAUUAUAAACAUUAUAUCAAAUUUGUAUUUUUCAUGCAUGAAAUGAAAUUUAUAGUAAUAUUUUGAUCUGUCUGGUUUUUAACUUUAUAGAUUUAAUUAUUUCGGGUAUUCCUAUGCUAGCAUUACAUCAGAAUUUUACUUUUUAAUGAAGUUUCUUUUUAUCAAAAUUUUACUAUUUGCUAUUUGUCGACUUAAAUUAUUGAAACUGUCAACGAAUUGUAAAGCUUUUUGUUGUUUAUCAAGUUAUCAAUCAUUAAUCAGAAAUCACCAUAUUAGAUAAUAUCUUGGUGUUCUCAAACUUUUUAUUAUUAAUGAUUUUGUAGAUCGUCAGUUAUGACAUUUUGGUUUUAUAUUCAGUCAUAAGAGAUUUCGUGUCUUCAGUCUUGUCAUUUUAUUAUUAUCAAUAU